UCGUCUCCCCAGAGUUAUGCAGCGCAACGCCCUUUCAUACUCUAUUUCUCCCUCUCAGAAUCCUCUCUAGUGUCGCAUAUUCUCAUCGAGACGAGAUUUACGACCCCUCGCUUCAUCCUCCCCUCGAAAUCGACGCGAAAACGCGACAGACAUGGCCAUGUUCAAGACUUGCCGUUUAGAUCAAGAGAAAGGUCGAGCGACAAUCCAGUCGAAUGGUGUGUCUAAACCGCGUGCACGUUUGACAGCUUCAGACGUCAAUGAGAUGAACUCUGUGGACGUGCAGGCUGGCGACUUGGUGCGAGAGCUAGCAAGAGAGCGACAGCUCAGGCUUGAGGCUGAACGCACUGCGAGGGACUUGAGGAUCGAAUGUGACAGGUUCAAGGUGAAGAUACAAGAAACUCAGAAGAGUUUUGACAAAAUUCACUCGGCCUUGGAAAAGAGGAGCCAAGAUCGCCUGCAGAUUGAUACUUUGAAGCAGGAAAAAGAAAUCCAACAACAGGCUUAUGAGAUCAAUUUAUCUCGAUUGAGGGAACAAAUCAAACUGCUCGAAUCUCAGAAAGCGACAUUGCAGAUGCAGCUCGAGGAACAGAGAUUCAGGCCACCUGUUGAUGGAGACAGAGAGAGAUCUCAGCUCCUCUUGAGAAUUGCUCGAUUAGAGAGAGGAAAUUCUCAGUUGAUGAACGACAUGACAACACAACGUCAUCAAUUUGACAAGUGUCUUGACAAGUUUGCUACGCAAGUUACUCAGGCACUUAUGGAGCAAAAGAGCUUGAAACGAGAAAAUAAUGAACUUCACAGAAGGAAUGCUGAACUUGUCCAAAUGAUCAGCUGUCGAGAAGGUCGUCUUAGCCGAUCAUCUCAGGAUUUUAGUGCUGAUUUAGUUAACAGCAUCAGAACUGCUCAGUUUGAUCGUUUGAAUGGACAUCCUGAUGCAAACCAUCCUCCUGGUCGUUUUCCCAAGUUGGAGAGUCUUCCUCGACGCACAUUUGUUACGCCUCCACGUCGUCCUCCUCCAAAGCUAAAGUUGCGUGGUUCAAGUGAGGAUGUUCAUGGAGGUUCCGUAAAGAUGAAGUCUCCAGUGGGUGUACCUACUCCACAUAGUCCUGGUGCUGGAGGUGUUCUGCCUAUGCGGAGAGUCCAAAGUGACCAAACACCCAGUCUGAAUGAUUCUGAUGGUAGAGACAAUGACAAUGCAUAUUGUGUACAAAUGAUGCAUCGGACUGAGAGCAUCGACUCCUUGUCAUCAGAAUGUUCUGAUGUCCCAGUCAUCAACUAUUGGGAGAUGUAUCAAGAGCGACAGCAGAGAACAGUCAUUCCUGAGAGUUUACGUCAAUACGGCAAUACUCAGAGAAGCAACAGUGAGAAUCAUACAUCUGGGGUGAUGGUAGACACGCAGGUUGCAGUCAAUAGUAGGGACGUAAUGAAUAAGAGCAACUUUGGGUCUAUCUCUCCGCACGGUCGUGAUGAAGCAAGCCGGUUUCCAGCUAAAGCAGAAAGUAUCACAGAUCUCUCAGAUCCUGCUACUCGUGCAAAGAUGCUUGAUGCAAUGCUUGGCUCACAAUCAGAUGAUGAAGACUUCAGUGAGCCUUCAGAUAGAGACCAAAAGAAUGAUGCUGAUAGUGCUACAUUUGAAACAAGGGAUGAGUUUGAAUAUUUACGUUGCAUUCGACGUCGUAACUUGGAGACUCUUCCACAACAUCCAUCUGUCAUCAAAUUCAGUGAACAAAAUGGUUUCUUAAGAUACGGAGCAGAUGAACGAAGUGCCAUUAAACGUUUCGAAUUCCUUCAAGACCUGCUGUCUGAUUGUGAACCGGUUGUAACAGAUGCAGAAAGCAGUGACGAUGAACGCAGUCCCAAGUCUAGUUUGGGUUCAAUGGAAAAGCUAGAGACAUCAUCAGCAUCCACCAUUGAUGCGGAUCCUUCUCCCAAACGGUCUUUGUCUUCAGAGCGUAUUGGGCAGCUUCUCAAUGGAAUGUCAGGGAGAACGUUUCUCUCAUAUAGUCAACCAAACAUUAAUGAAACUGCAAACUGUGAGAAAAAGGUGAGCAAAGUAGCAGUCAUGUCAAAACACGCCACCUCUUUGACCACAGUUGUUGAGAAUGGGCAAAGUCGGAGCACACGCUCCCCGCCUAGUCAAGCACCGUUGUCACCGUCACGAUUGUCAUACCUACUGUCAAGACAGAAGUCUCCUUCCCCUCAACGAGUUGUGGGUGAAGUUUCUUAUGGUGUUACCAUUCGAGAUAACAGAGCUGCCCAACGCCUUAGCUUGUCUCCUGGGGAGCAACCACUAGACUUCACACCAGUAAAUACACCAGAACCACCUCGGAGGAGCAGUAGCAGAAGCACAUUGAUAUAGACAAUUCUGCUGAUGGGGACCAGAUCGACGUUUAAUGUUAGACUUGUUAGAGUGAUAGUAACAAACUUGUACAAACAAACUUGAACAGUUAGAUUUAUCAUGUGAGAGUCCAUGCCGGAGCUUAACAUAAAUUGUCAUUCUCUCCAACAUUUUUGUCAACAUAUGAGCACAGGUUUGGGCUCAAUGGUGAACUUAGUCCAUUAUAUGUCGCAAGUGGCAACAAUGGCAUGCCCCACAAUAUGACAGUCGAUGUGUUUGUAGUCUGUCCGUCUAUU